AGGAAGUAAGGAUGUGGAAGUUUGAAGGUUACACUGACAACGUGGUCGAUCUGCUUAAUAUCAACAUAGGCGAUUCAGAAGACAUGGAAAUCAUUCAUCCCCUACCCGAGAGUGACCGAAUUACAUAGAAGACGGCGAAGGGUAGAUGGAGACGGCGCCAGUAGAUUUAAACUGCUCGUGGAGCGGGCGCGACGCUUUUGGAACCAUUGUCUUCUUCAGUAGCACCACAGUAACAACUGAAAAUUUUACGAGAAUCUGCUUCACUGAUACAACAGACAGCAACAACCAUAACACCACGCAACCACCGACUCCGGACAUAAAUUCGUUUUAUUUUUACGAGACUGAACAGUUCACGGUCCUGUGGAUCCUGUUUGCACUCAUCGUCCUGGGGAACUCGGCCGUUCUGGUUGCACUUCUCGUUAACAAAAGAAGGAAAUCUCGGAUGAACUUCUUCAUCAUGCAGCUGGCAUUAGCAGACCUGUCUGUUGGUCUCAUUAGCGUUUUGACUGAUAUUGUCUGGAGAAUAACAGUCGCCUGGAAUGCCGGCAACAUAGCUUGCAAAGCUAUCCGCUUUCUCCAGUGUGUGGUCACGUACUCUUCAACGUAUGUCUUGGUGGCGCUCAGCAUCGACCGAUACGACGCCAUUACCCAUCCCAUGAAUUUCUCCGGAAGUUGGAGGCGCGCUCGUCUCCUGGUUGCCGUCGCGUGGGUCAUCAGCGCCAUCUUUUCAGUACCCAUCGUGAUUCUGUACCAUGAGAAGCCUAUACAAGGUCGCCUUCAGUGCUGGAUUGACUUCUCUGAGCAAUGGCAGUGGCAGCUGUACAUGACGCUCGUGGCGGUCACCCUGUUCGUUUUACCAGCCGUCAUCAUUUCUGCCUGCUACACCGUCAUUGUAUCCACGAUCUGGAGUAAAAGCAAGCAGUUGACGCCGGAUCCAAACAGACGACAAUCGCGCAAUAGUGGCGGAAACAGCCUUUUGCAGGCAAGUGGUAAACAUAGGAUGUUACGUCAUCAGCAACUCCAGCAGGAGGACCAUGACAGCCGGAGGGCUAGUUCCAGGGGUAUCAUACCUAAGGCCAAGGUCAAGACUGUCAAGAUGACCUUCGUCAUUGUCUUCGUGUUCGUGAUCUGCUGGAGCCCCUACAUCGUUUUCGACCUCCUGCAAGUAUACGGCCACGUGCCACGGACCCAGACAAACAUCGCCGUGGCGUCCUUCAUCCAGAGCCUGGCGCCUCUCAACUCGGCUGCCAACCCUGUCAUCUACUGCCUCUUCUCGACGUCCAUCGGCCGCACACUAAGGAAGAUACCGCCGUUCAGCUGGGUGGCCGCGGGUCUCGUAGCCUGCUGCCCCACCACACAGCCACAGUCGCAUCGCGACGCUGGCGACCACGCGCUGUUGGCUGCCAGCACUCACUGGUCGUCCCGGCGACGGAAGACACAUCGGCCCCGACGCCCUCACAUCGACGCUGUGGCCCGGGGAGCGGCGGGGGGAGGCAUCGUCUAG